UUAAAGUACUUUUUGUUCAAGAACUGUGACCUGUGUUUUACUGUGUCAUUAUGGUGUUAACGCGAUCACGUGCUGCGAGUCCCGCGUCUGCCGCGGCCGGUGUUUCGUCUGCGGGCGUGGCGCCGCCGUUGUUACCGGUAGAUGGCGCGCCGGAAUCGACGCCGCGCGACCUGCAGGCCGCGCCGGCGCCGCCAACGACUACCUCGUGGCACAGUGAUGCCGUUGUUGCGGGUCAGGGUCACGCCCUACCGCCGCCGCCAGCUGCAACUGCCGCUGAGGCUUCGAUCACCAUGACCACAGAGCAGCUACUGCUAUUGAUAAACAGGCUAAGUCAAGCAGCUCCUGUAAGUACUCCUACACAUAUUUCCGGCAACUUUGCGAAGUGCUCUACGCGGUUCGAUGGACACAAAACAAGCGACGUAUUAGCUUUCAUCGAUGCUGUCGAAGUAUACAAAUCAUGCGUAAAUAUGAGCGACGAUGUCGCGCUGCGAGGUUUGCCCAUGUUAUUGACGGGGAUAGCCGCUACUUGGUGGCAAGGCGUCGAAGACAGCACCCCGACAUGGCAAGACGCAUUAGAAUCUCUAAAGCAGACCUUCGGGCCUAGGCUGCCCGCGCACAGAAUCUAUAGAAUUAUUUUUGAACGCGAACAGCGGAUUAACGAGCCUACAGAUUUAUUCGUCUGUCACAUCAGAGCAUUGUUCGCGCAACUUCCGCAACGUUCUCUCACGGAAGAAGUACAAUUAGACAUGACGUAUGGCUUGUUAAACAAAAGAAUACGCGAAAAGGUACCUCGUUCUAGUCUUACUUCGUUUGUAGAAUUAAUAGCGCAAGCGAGACGUGUAGAAGACAUCCUUAAUGAGUCUCGCCCAUCGAAUACAACGGUAGACGUCAAACCGGCAAUAUCCAUGUUACCAUCGAGCAGUGCUCAGUCAUCGAUUACGCCGUCGUCAGUACCUAGUAGGCGAUCGCAGUGCGCUUACU